AUGGACAAGUCCAGCCCUGCAGGGGAUGCAAGCGUGUCUGAUCUACUAAAGACAAACCUCCUGUCAAGCUCGUCUGCUUGCUUCAGGCUGGCGGCCGAAGAGGUAGUAGCUGAAAAGGAUGAAGCAGUGGAGGAUGCGACAGAUGAGGUAGUGGCGGACGUCGCGAGUCAGGCAGGUGGAGCUACUAAGAGCGCAGUUGAUCAGGCGGACGCCGAAGAGGUUGUAGAUUAG